AUGCUUUCCGGCAUCAAGCUGGGUGGCAAGGCGUUGGAUUUAUCGACAGAACUGUCGGACGCGAAGGAAUGGAACGUGUCCGCGUUCAGAUCCUGGGACCAUCUUCUGGAUGUUGUUGCUCUCGCCGUGGAUCCUGUACUCGGUCUAUUCGCCGCCGGGACUGCUACCGGCGUCAUAUAUCUCAGCGGGAACGUAGGAGUCACUGUCAGGCUGCUCAUACCCGAACCAAUCGAAGUCAAAUACGUUCAAUUUGCCACAUCGGCGUCAAAGCUAGUGUGUGCUGAUGCCGCGAAUCGGCUAUAUGUAUGGGAUCUGGCCGCACAGGGCCGACCCAAGCUACAGACCAGCACCAAGAUGAAGGAAGUCAUCAAUGCCAUUCAUGUGUCUCCGACGCAUAGUCACAUGUUCGUUGCCCUGAGUUCAGGCGUUGUCAAGACAUACGACCUCCUCUGUCUGCGAUUUUCGCCUUAUACCAUCGAAAAUGUAUGGCUGUUGUACUUGGAGAAGCUAGAAAGGAGCGGGCUGAGCGUUCACUCCGAACCACGGUCGGAAUCUGCUAUCGGAAUUGAGUCCCAUCCACGAGAUCUAAAUCUUGUUUUCGUCCUGUACAGCGGUGGUAUCGUGCUCAUGAACGUCAGUGAACGGUCGCCGCUGCGUACUUUUCAAUAUAUUCUCCCUCCGGGGGCACCAGGGGGUAACGGAUAUGCGCAGCCCGACUUGAUGACUUUUCGCUGUCCGCCAGUGACUGCGAUAUCUAUACACCCAACUGGGCACUUCUUUGCUGUCGGCCACGAAGAUGGCUCCGUUGCGUUCUGGGCGACAGACGAUAACGAAAGGCCUCUGCUCGUCCGCACGUUAGAUGACCUCGAUGUCAAUCUCGUCGACGGAGAGAAGAUUCCAGACCCUUGUUCCGUGCCUGGCGUUGGUCAGAUAGUUUCACGGGAGCCUAUAUUCAAGCUUGCAUGGAGCGGUUUUCCUAACUCCGAUGAUCCACGAGGAGGGGCGACCACGUUAACUAUCCUCGGUGGGCUGAACUCCACGGAUGAACCAGGAAUCAAUGUAAUCGAGCUUCCUGCGUUCAAUCCGUCUGAGCCUCCCGCAACCACUGGAAAUGCUGGAAUCCAUCCGUACUUUCGUCAGGCUAUGCGUCAAUCGCUCACCCCGAUCAAUGCGACAUUCUAUCCAAGUUCGGGCAGCGCCGUAGUCCAGGAUUUCUUGCUUGUUCCUCGCGAAAGCCCCCAUUUUUCCGGCAACUGGGACCCAUCAGCUAUCAUCAUCGUAUCAGAGGCGAAGGCAGGGACACGCUCCCUGGAGGUAUACCGUUUCUCUCCUCCGCGAUCGGCGGUGUCCUCCUCGCCCCGUCCGACAAUAGUAGCGCAACAAGUAGCGAGCGGGCUGGGCUCCGACGACUCAAUCAUGCAAGAACUGUCGUCGACUCUGGAAUCGCUGUCUACGGCCAUGGGUCCUGUCCGCAUGACGCUUUCACCAUCGCACUGGAGUGGGUCUAUCGCCGUUAUCAACGGUGAGCUGAGCAAAGUGGAGAGGGAUAAUUACAAAAGCCUUCUCGAUCACUCCCGCGAGCCCAGUCAAAACGAAAUGCUGUCCUUCGAUGGAGGCUCCGCAUGGGUGGAAAACACUCAAGAAGGCGCACAAUCGCGGUUAGUGGAGUAUCAACCCCAUCGACUCUUGAUGACGAUUCACGAGGGUGGGAUCGUUAACUUCCGCGACAUCAGCAUACAACUCCUCAAAGAGGUGCCUUUGACCGCUGAUUAUCCCAGGCUGCUAACGGGGCUAUCCAUUGAUGUGGGACCCGUUUUGUUGGAUCCUUCCGUCUCAAGUCUCUCGCCUGCGUUUAUCUCUGGCAAGGUGAACAUUACCGGUGCUCAGCUGUGUUCGGAGGCGUCACAAUGCGCCUUGGUUCUCGACACUGGGCAUUUGAUACUUUACCGGCUCAAACGUGGUCUCGGAGCAGAUCUGUCAAAAGGCCAUGCAUUAGACAAGGAGGUUCUGAUGCUUGGGCAUAUACCUCAGCUUGGGUACGGGUCAGGAUGGUGCCCGGACUUCAUGCUGUCUACCGAUAGGGGGCCUGUAUCGAGUUUUUCAUUGUCUGAUUACGGAUUCCUUGCCGCAUCAUAUACGGAUGCGUCAUUGUUCAUCGUGCACAAAAGUAACCGCGAGCCGUCCGUUUUACUCCGGAUGUUCCCCGCGACAAAGGCGCAGAAGUCGUUCUCGUCAAUCCUACACCACUCCGAGGCGGUUCCUUUCACUUCACUAACAUGGACAGUGUGUGAAACAGCGACAGAUCCUACACCUCAAAUACGGCUGGUUGCCGUCCGCGCCUCAGGGCACGCCUCAUUGUAUACGGUGCUACCGUCAUCACAAUCUCCGACCGGCUUUGAAGUACAGGACACAUCACAAGGCAUCGACGGCAUGGUCCAUCCCUUUCCGCAGACUUUUAUUCUGGAAAGUAAGACGGGGCGUCGAUGCAAGCUCAACAGACGAGGUGUUGGUCUGACUCAAACCUCGAGCCGCGGAUUGUCAAAUUCAACGCCGGCGAGGGAGCACAGCAAACACUGCGUAUGGAUAUGCGCGGGAGAAAAGGGCGUAAAAACCGUCCUUGAUCUCAACGGCAGCCGCGUCGCCAAGAUUGAUUGGCCAGCAGCCAGCAAGUUGGGUACUGUGCAGACGGUGCAGGUUGUUGACCGCAGUGAUGCAUUCGUUCUCGCGGCCCUGACAGACAAGGGGAAAGCAUUAGUCUACUCGCUGCCGAGCCUCGAUCUGAUACAUACCCUGGAACUUCCGUCUGCAUCUACAAUAGCACCAAGUCUUGACGAGUCUGGGGAUUUCGUCAUAUGGCAUCGACAUAUGAACUCUGGAUUCGUUCAGAAGGAAACAUACGGUUCCCUGUUCAACAUCCGGCGCUCCCCAGCAGACGCCCCUAUACACGUGGAUCUCGUGUCAACUAUCCGUAGCCGAACGAUGCCGCCACCGCCUCAGCCUAUCAAUAUAGGGCCAGCGACAGUUUUGGGCACAGUGGGUUCAUGGCUUGGAGUCGGUGUGCAAAAGACGAUUACCGCAGAGCAGCUCGACAUCAUAUUGGCGGGCCCAGACCGCCCCUUACCUCGAUCGCUCCCUCCCAAACAGAAGCUCGGACAAGUCAAGUGGUCCUCUAGCGCUGAUGAAGAUGCGAACAGAGGAGAACUUGCUACUCCUGGUUUACUGCAGAACAUGCAGGCAACGAGCAGUGCAUUGUACGGUCGACUCGGCAAUGCUGUCGACGAACGAGGUGAAAUGUUGAGUAGCCUCCAAGAGCAUUCAGAAGCACUCCAAGAAGGGACCCGAAACAUGCUGAAGCAGGCCAAACAGCUUGCUGCAAGUCAGGCGACGAAGGGAUGGUUCGGAGGGCUGAAUAUCUGA